CUUCAGGAUAUCAGGUCAGGUAAAACUCAACCUGUGAGAACUGCUCGCCAAAUAAGUAACCGCCAGUAUCAGAGAAAUGUCGCUAAACGAGAACACAUCGAUCAAUGGAACACACCCAGUUAUGCCUCCGGCGCUUUGCUUCAAUCCUGUUACACGUAGAAUCGGAGAAACAAUCGCUUACUGCCUCUUGUUUGUAGUUUCGCUGGUUGGAAAUAGCUUCAUCGUGAUAAUUGUGCCUAAGACGAAAACCGUGAGAAAAGCCACAAACAUUUUAAUCGUAAACAUGGCCGCGUCCGAUCUGCUUUAUCCGAUAUUCCUUUUUCCGAAGAAUUUAACAGAGGUCUACCUUCAUUCUGGUUUAGUGAGUGGUGGUGUUGGCGAGACUUUGUGUAAGCUUGUUCCCUUCAUAGCAGAUGUCUCCACUUCUGUGUCAAUUCAAAGCCUGGUUCUGAUAGCAGUGGAUCGAUUUGGAACUGUCGUUUUUCCUCUUCGAACUCCAUUUAUCGGUUCAAAGCUGUGCCGGUUCCUCCUUCUUGCCACUUGGAUAAUCUCAUUGGCUUUUCAUUUACCAUAUCUCUUCGCCUUUUCACUCGUUGAGUAUACGGAAGGAACAAAAUGUGCACUACAGUGGAAUGAAGCCCUCGGAGAUACGUUGUCCCUAAAAAACUACAUUCUGGGCGCUUGUAUUUCACUUGCCUAUAUUCCUUUGUUUCUGAUUUUUUUACUCUACCUCAUAAUCAUUUUAAAACUCAAGCCCCAGACGACUCCAGGCGAGCAAUCGGCUAAUGCCGUUAAACGACGAGUAAAAAGGGAACUGAAAGUGCUGAAGAUGUCCAUUGCUAUCGUUCUGGGGUUUACAAUAUGCCGAAUCCCCCUCACUAUACGUUUGUUAUUUCUCUUUUUUCCACCGAACAUCUCCAUGAUUGAGUCUUGCGGUUUUAAAUACUUCGCAUAUGUUGCUCAUUUUCUUAAUCACUCAUAUUGUGCUGUAAACCCUUGCAUUUAUUUUAUCUUUAGUGGAAAUUAUCGUGAAGGUCUCAAAUAUCUCUUCGGGCUAAGAAAUUCAUCUUCCAAGUAG